AAUUAAGGAACAUUGAGAAUAAUUAUGAAUUUGGUGAAAUAAACUUAGUGAAUACUAUUUUAUAAAAUUUGACGAAAUUAUUAAAAUCGAGUUCUGUUGGAAGACAAGAAAGCAAGCAUCAUGUCAAUGUCAGCGCUGAGCCUUUUACAAGAACAAAAUGCAAGAAAUGCCUCACUUGCAUUCCAAGCCAGUUUCUUAUCGAAUAUGAAGUAUGAUCAUGACGAAUUAAACAAAUCAUCACCGUUAUCACCAGCAUCAUUGGUUGGUGCAACAUUACCAAAUGCUGGUAUGCACGAAACAUCCAAUUUAUACUCAGGUCUUACAUCGAUCGGUAUGCUAACACCGCAAAUGUUUGCUGCCAACCAAACUGCAGCCGCAUUACUUUCAAAACUCUAUCCACAUCCAUCUUUUUUCUCAUGGCAAUUGCCCCCAAUGGCUGUUGCAUCGCCGCCAAUUUCGCCCAUUUCAUCUGCGCUCAGCAUAAAAAGUGUGAAAAACAACAAUAACAUCGUACCAACGACAACCAGCGAAGAGCUUACAAAUAACAAUUACAAAUUAAAUAUGCAAGAUGAUUUAAAAAGACAUAUUAGUCGGAGCUCAAUAAGUCCGCAAACAUCUGGUUCAUCACCACAGUCAAUUGGUUCGAUGAAGCAUCAAUCACUAUCAACAAUUCGUGCCACACCAAAUAAAGAGCCAACACGUGAUAAAUCGUUCACAUGCCAAACAUGUAACCGAUCAUUUGGCUACAAACAUGUACUCCAAAAUCAUGAACGCACUCACACCGGUGAAAAGCCAUACGCCUGUGAAAUUUGCAACAAACGUUUUACACGCGAUCAUCAUUUGAAAACACAUAUGCGUCUACAUACCGGUGAGAAGCCGUAUCAUUGCAAAUAUUGUGACAAACAAUUUGUGCAAGUGGCCAAUUUGCGACGUCAUUUACGUGUGCACACUGGUGAAAAACCAUACGUAUGUGAUCAAUGUAAUUGCAAAUAUUCCGAUUCGAAUCAACUCAAAGCCCACAUGAUAAUUCAUAAAGAUGAAAAACCAUAUCGUUGCGAAACAUGCAAUGCCAGCUUUCGACACAGUCAUCAUUUAGUAAAUCAUAAAUGUGCAAAUGCACCAUUGACACCGGCCACAUCGCCGGCCAUUUCAUUGGAAAAUAAUUCAAUAGCAUCCCGAUCAGAAACUAGUGAACGAUCAUCAGAUUUGAGCACAUCAAAUGCACCACUACUCAAACAUUUUAAAAUGGAACAACGUGCGGCCCAACAAACGAACCCGAGCCAUGAAAUGCCGCUUGAUUUAAGCGUUGAAUCAAAUUUAGAAAGUAGCGAAAAACGAAAUACACAUAAAUCGAAUGAUCCGCGUAACAUUUUACGCAUGCUUAAGGAAGAUGCCAUUAAAAUGACACCAAUAUCGGAACAAAUCGAACCAGAAGAUCUUAGCACGUAUUCGUCGCGUUCAGAAUCAACACUGUUUAACGAAGAAGAUCUUGAUGAUUUGGACGAUGCUGAAACUUUAAAUCGAAAGCAAAAUUUACAAAAAGCAACAAAUUGCUGAUUGAAUUCAGCCAAUCAACCAUUUGAUGGAUGAUUUGAUCUAAUAACAUACACA